CGCUGUGAUUGGUCAGAGUGUUUGUGGCUGUGGGAUUGUGGACCCUCUGUCCCACAAGCCCCUCCCUGGUUUUUCCCUUCCCGAAGUUUUUCUCUCCUGAACUUUGACGCUGAUCGUCUCCGUGUGAAGCUCUGUGUGAAGGUGAAGGUAGAAAGUGUGUGUGAGCUAUAGUGAGCAGCAUGGGUGGCAGUGAGAGCAAACAGGAGGGAGUCCCUCCCUCUAAAAGCACUCUGUGUGGGGAACAUGAGAGCCAGACCAAAGCUCAGAGGAACCCACCUGGACCUCCACCCAGCUCUGUGUCCUUAAGGAGUGACCGGUCUAAUGAUCGCUGGAUUGAUUUUAAAGUCCAGCCUGUGUCUGCUGCAGAGAGACUGACUGAAGUCCACAAGAAGAUGAUGAUGGAGGAAGAGGAGGACAGAGCAGAGUCUGCAGGGUCCAGCUGUUCGUCUGUGAGGAGUGACUGGUCCAAACAUGAAAAUCCACACUUCAGUGGUGAACCUGGACCAACGAGACAGUGCAUCUGCUCAUACUGGGACCAGUCUGCUUCAUCAGGAGACUCCUCCUGUCCCCAGUGUGGAGAAAGAUCCAGAAGCAGAGCUGGACUGCAGACAGCCAGUCAGAGCAGCUGUGUACAAAAUGUUGGUCUGCAGGAGGUUUUAGAUGAACAUAAGAUCAGUCUGAGGAGGAGAUGUGAACGUGUGACUGAAGGAAGUGAUGAAACAGGAAGUAGAGCCCUCCUUAACAGGAUCUACACUGAGCUCUACAUCACAGAGGGACAGAGUGAAGAGGUUCAUACCCAACAUGAGGUGAGGCAGCUGGAGACAGCUUCCAAGAUGGACGCCCUCCAUGACGCUCCAAUCAGGUGCCAGGACAUCUUUAAAGCCUUACCUGACCAACAGAGACCCAUCAGAGUGGUUCUGACCAACGGCGUGGCUGGUGUUGGAAAAACCUUCUCAGUGCAGAAGUUCACUCUGGACUGGGCAGAGGGCUUGGAGAACCAACAUGUCAGUGUGGUGGUUCUGCUUUCAUUCAGGGAGCUGAACCUGAUCAGAGAUGAGCAGUACAGUCUUCUGGAGCUGCUCCAUGUUUUCCAUCCAACAUUACAGAAGGUCACAGCAGAGAAGCUGGCUGUCUCUCAGCUUUUGUUCAUCUUUGACGGCCUGGAUGAAAGCAGACUUUCAUUGGAUUUCACCAACAGGAAGCUGCUGUCUGAUGUCACACAGAAGUCAUCAGUCAGCCAGCUGCUGACAAACCUCAUCCAGGGGAAUCUGCUUCCCUCGGCUCUCGUCUGGAUAACUUCCCGACCUGCAGCAGCCAAUCAGAUCCCUCCUACAUGUGUCGACAGGCUAACAGAAGUACGAGGCUUCACUGACGCCCAGAAGGAGGAGUACUUCAGGAGGAGAUUCAGUGAUGAAGAGCUGUCCAGCAGAAUCAUCUCCCACAUGAAGACAUCCAGGAGCCUCCACAUCAUGUGUAGUAUCCCAGUCUUCUGCUGGAUCACUGCUACAGUUCUGGAGCACAUGUUGACUACAGAGCAGAGAGGAGAGCUGCCCAAGACCCUGACUGACAUGUACUCACACUUCCUGCUGGUUCAGACAAAGAGGAAGAAGAACAAGUACCAUGAGGGACAUGAGACGAGUCCACGGGAGCUGACGGAGGCUGACAGGGAAGUUCUUCUGAAGCUGGGGAGGCUGGCGUUUGAACAUCUGGAGAAAGGAAACAUCAUGUUCUACCAAGAAGACCUGGAGCAGUGUGGUCUGGAUGUGACAGAGGCCUCGGUGUACUCAGGAGUUUGUACAGAGAUCUUCAAAAGAGAGUGUGUGAUCUUCCAGAAACCAGUCUACUGCUUUGUUCAUCUGAGCAUUCAGGAGUUUCUGGCUGCAGUCUACAUGUUCCACUGUUUCACCAACUGGAAGGAAGAGGUGCUGAAGGACUUCCUGGGGAACGAUUAUAAUGAGUCAUCUUUGGAUGUUUUCCUGAGCAGAGUCAUGUAUAAAUCCCUCCUGAGUGAAAAUGGCCACCUGGACCUGUUUGUUCGCUUCCUUCAUGGCCUCUGUCUGCAGUCCAACCAGAGACUCUUAGUAGGUCUGCUGGGUCAGACAGAGAUCGGUCCAGGAACCAUCUGGAGAGUCACCAAGUACCUGAAGAAGAUGAACAGUUAUGAAAUCUCUCCUGACAGAAGCAUCAACAUCUUCCACUGUCUGAUGGAGAUGAACGACCUCUCAGUACAUCAGGAGAUCCAAGAGUUCCUGAAGUCAGAGAACAGAUCAGAGGAACUCUCUGAGAUCCACUGCUCAGCUCUGGCCUUCAUGCUGCAGAUGUCAGAGGAGGUUCUGGAUGAGUUGGACCUGCUGAAGUACAAAACAUCAAAGCGGGGACGACAGAGACUGAUUCCAGCUGUGAGGAACUGCAGAAAGGCUCGACUGACUCACUGUGGACUCUCAGAGACUCACUGUGAAGUUGUGGCCUCAGCUCUGAAGUCCAACCCCUCCCAUCUGACAGAGCUGGACAUGAGUGGAAACAAGCUGCAGGAUUCAGCAGUGAAGCUUCUGUGUGCUGGACUGGAGAGUCCAAACUGUCGACUGGAGACUCUGAGAUUGGUGAGCUGUGGUUUGUCUGAGUUCAGCUGUGAUUAUCUGGCAGCAGUGCUGAAGUCCAACCCCUCGUAUCCCAGAUUGCUGGACCUGAGUGGAAACUACAACAACCUGCAGGACUCAGGAGUGAAGCAGCUGUGUGUUCUUCUGGAGAAUUCAAGAUGUCGAUUUGAAACUCUGAGACUGAGUCACUGUGACCUGUCAGAGAGAAGCUGUGAAGCUCUGGCCUCAGGUCUCAGCUCUCAGACCUCUAAUCUGAUAGAGCUGGACCUGAGUAACAUUAACCUGAAGGAUUCAGGCGUGAAGCUUCUGUCUGAAGGACUGAAGAGUCCACACUGGAAACUGGAAACUCUCAGCCUGUCAGGCUGUCGGAUCACAGAGGAAGGCUGUACUUCUCUGGCAUCAGCUCUGAGCUCCAACCCCUCCCAUCUGAGAGAGCUGGACCUGAGCUACAAUCAUCCAGGAGACUCAGGAAUGAAGCUGCUGUCGGCUGGACUGAAGGAUCCAGGCUGGAGACUGGACACUCUCAGGGCGGAGCCUGCUGGAGUCCGAUGGUUGAGACCAGGUCUGAGGAAGUAUUCCUGUCAACUCACAAUCGACACAAACACAGUGAACACAAACCUCCAACUGUCUGACAACAACAGGAAGGUGACACAUGUGGAGGAGGUUCAGUCAUAUCCUGAUCAUCCAGACAGAUUUGAUGUUUGUCCUCAGCUGCUGUGUAGAAAUGGUCUGACUGGUCGCUGUUACUGGGAGGUCGAGUGGAGAGGAGACGUUUAUAUAUCAGUGAGUUACAGAAGCAUCAGAAGGAAAGGAGACAGUAAAGACUGUGUGUUUGGACGCAAUGAUCAGUCCUGGAGUCUGGAGUGCUCUGAUGAUGGUUACUGUGCUAUCCACAAUAACAGCUACACACCCAUCUCCUCCUCCUCCUCCUCCUCCUCCUCUGUCUCUAACAGAGCAGCAGUGUAUGUGGACUGUCCUGCUGGCACUCUGUCCUUCUACAGAGUCUCCUCUGACACUCUGAUCCACCUCCACACCUUCAACACCACAUUCACUCAAACUCUUUAUCCUGGGUUUAGUCUCUGGUCUCCUGGUGCCUCAGUGUCCCUGUGCUGAGUGUAAAGAGUGUCUCCUGUUAGAGAAACACUCUGACUGUUGAACAGUUCAGUCUGUACAUGUCUGUCUCUUUCACUCACAAACACGUUUUCAGAUUCAUGGAUUCAAUCAGUUGAUGUUUGAAACUCUUCUAAAUGAUUCCUUGUAAACUUCUUCCUCUUCAGUCACAAACAAACAGGAAGUGAUGUCACAUGUGUUCCUGUCCACACAGCAGAAUGAGUCUAUUGCUGACAGUGAUGUACAAACAGAGUGAGCAUUUCUGAGGCCCAAAAUAAACUGAGUAGUUCACUGAAUGAACACUGUGAGCUCAGUUCCUUCAUCAUUAGUAUGGAUUAUAUAUGUAUAUGUAUCAUAUUAGUAUCAUAUAUAUCAGGUGCUGCUGGUUUCAGUCAUUGUGCAAAUGUGCUGUUUGUAAGGUUGUAAAGCUGCAGUCAGCUGAGACUGAAGAAGUCACCUGAUCAGUGAGCAAACGUGAAAACGUCCAGAUGGACAGAAUCAACCUUUUGGGAUCAGCCAGCAAUGCAGCAUCAUUGUUGUUCAGGUUCAGAGGUUUGCAGGAAUGAACUGAUGACCAGAAACAGCUGCAGAGUCCAAUAAAAUACCAGCUGGAGUUCAGCUGCAUUUGAAGAAGUCAAAGAAAAGUAAGGAUGGCAAAGGGCGAUGUUUUCUUCCAAAGAACUGAAAACAUGGUCGACGCCUCAUUAGAAGAAUCAUCUGGACAUUUGUGAGGAACUCUAACCAAGAAAGCAACACAAGAAAGCAACGUCACACAGAUCCAACAGACAGUUUCCAUGACUGCAAGUGUUCAGUGUAAAAAUGCUACAUUGCAUUAUUGCAUCCUCUCACCACAGGAGGCGCUGUUGGCACCACUGAUUGCUGAUCAGCUGUUCUCUGAUGAUCUGAUUGAUCCUGUGAAUAACGGGACUCACUGAACUCUGUGACACAGUGAAGAUUACAGAGUUUAACAUCUGACUGACGUCACACAGACAGAAGGAUGAACCAGUGAGGCACAGAACACAGUUACUGGAGAUACUGGAUCAGCUCCAUGUGAACCUCUGAUGGAGAAGCUGCUGACCCAGAGAAACAUCAGGACAUGACAGGCAGCUGCACUGAUCUAACAACAUGAGCUGAUCUAUGUUAGAGGAUCUAUGACAGCAGCUGAAAGUCCAACACUGGAUACCAGCUGAGCCUGUGCUGAGUGUUACAGGAAAAGAAACACUGACACUGGGAGACACAGUGAUGCUGACUGGGGCACAGAGCUGAAUGAUGCAGCAAUAACACAGAGAGACACACAACCACUCACAGUUAACCUGACCCCACUAACUGCAUGUGUUUGGACUGUGGGAGGAAGCCGGAGUACCGGAGAGGACGCACACAAACACGGGAGAACAUGAAGCACUGAAACAAAGAUGGUGGAUUUGACCUCAGGAUCAGGCGCGUCAUUUCCAGGGGGGUUACGGGGGUCAUGACCCCCCAAUAAUCAGAUCCAGCCAAUAUAAUUUCAUCAUUCCAGUUUAUAAAAUUAUGAAUUAUCUUGAUUUUAUUUGAUCUUUUCAUUUAUUAUUAGCAAAAUAUUUCCAUGUUUAAUCAUCUAGUAAUGUAACCCCGCCUCCUUCGCUGCAUACUUGGUAUUACCCAACCAGCUUUCUCUACCAAACCUUCACUGUUUGCUGUGUGUUUGUUAGCGCAGUCGCUGGUGCCAGAGACUGCCAGUGACUUCAGUCUGAGGGUUUGAAGUUUCCAUGUCUGUGUGAUGUGUGGUGUGAAGGCUGCUGGUUAAACUGGGACUCACUGUUUAAAGCACUGAGUGCUCAUAGAGAGAUGCUCCAUGAGUCCCAGUACAGACUACAAACAUGGUGGAAACUUAGCUUUGAUAUCCACACACUCUGCACGUCUGUGAGUAACUGUGAUGAAGAUGUGCAGAGAUCUGUGUACAAACAGGAGAAAGACUGUAAAGACUCUGUGCUUCUAACAGCCUCUGUUAACAUAUGUGAGGCUGUUUGUUGUUGUUGCCAUGGAGCUUUUCACUGUUUGGGUCAGCAGGUCAUGUGAUCAGGUUUGUUCUGCUGGACGAUGGUUCAGUGUCAGGGUUUGUUUGCCUUCAUCAAUAAAUAUCUAAAUAAAUCAAAGACUCCAUGUUUGUUCUUUCAUCAUGUG